AUCCAUCAGAUCGGCCUAAAAAAUUAUUAGCUGAAUCCUUUUUUUUUUUUCUGCUGUAGGGAAGGGAAAUUCUUGACCGCCAGAUUGCGAGGUGGUUUCUUACUUUUUCUGUGAUGCACACCGAAAGAACUGGAGGCAAAAGGGAGGUGAGAGGCAGGGGGAAGGGUUUAUCAAUGGAGAGGUGCUUCCCUCUCUCUCUCUCUCUCUCUUUCUCUGAGUUUUUGGAUUGCCUUCUUUUUGAACCUUAUGAACAUUGAAGUUGUUGAAGUGACUUAAAUGUGAACUGUGAAUAGACGCCUCCUCCGUCCUGCUGCUGUUUUUGCCCCGUACACCGUACUAUAACAUAACAUACAUAACAUAACAACGAUGAUCCCGCAACCACAACCACAACCACAAUCACCUCCGCAACAACUCCGGCCAACUUCGUACAUUGUGCCAUCGCAUCUGGAGGAAUACAACAUCCCGUUGUCCGCCUGGGCGGCGGCCCGUCCUCAGUUCCACAACAUCGUCGCCAGUGCUUUGAUCUUUUCGACCGCUGCGCCGGAGGAGGAUGAUGUUUCUCUCGCUGUUGCUGUUGAGGCAGCAGUACCGGGGCGCUUGACGCCAAGAAAUGUAUCUCCAAGCGCAUCUACAUCUACAUUUACAACUACAACUACAUCACCCACCACCCCUCCCUCAACAACAACACCAAUAAAUCCAGGAGAACCUCCUCAAACUCCACCAUCCACCACAUCCACCCCCUCAACUACAAACAACAGCCCAACCUCCACCCCCGCAACAACCCCCUCUUCCACCCCCACCUCGGAAGAAACAGAAACCCCCCUACAGACCCUCCUCCUCCAACGCACCGCAACAGAUUCCCACCCCCUCCACUGGGAAACCCCCGGUGGUCUACUGGACCCCACUCUCGACGCGACGGUCCUAGCGGGCAUCGCGCGCCAAGUCCGCGAGGAGACCGGGUUCCAUGUCUCGCGGUUCGUGGAUCUCGUGGCCGUGGACGAGUGGACGAAGAUGAAGCGCGGGAUGCUGCUGCAGGAGAUGAAGUUGACGUUUGCGGUGGAGGUGCGCGAGGCGGCGGUGGAGGGGUGGGAGGAGAUGGUGCGGGUGCGGGGAAAUGUGUAUCGGGGCUUUGCGUGGGUGAGAGAGGGGGAGGUUCGCAGGUUUGUCUCUGGUGGGAAGAAGAGUAAGAGGGGAGCUGGGGGUGGGAGUGGGAGGUUGGGGACGGGGUUUGUUGGGGGGUCUGGGAGGGAUGUGGUUAUGGGGUUUGAGGCUUUGAGGGGGUUGUGUUAG